ACACAAAACCUCCCACCGCCAACACUCCCCAACCAUUAAACCCUAGAAGCCGACCCUCCCCUUCCCCCCGCCGCCGCCGCCUGCAACAGCCACCAUGGGCUCGACGAAGUCGUCGAAGAAGCGGAAACCCGUCGCCCCGCCGCCAGAGUCGGACUCCGAGCCGGAGCAGGCGGUCCACGAGGCCGCCGCCGAGGAAUCGAACGAAGAGGAGCAGCAGGCGGAGGCCGGAGGCGAUGGCGAGGAACAGCAGCAGCAGGAGGAGGCUGUGGGCGAGGGCGAGGAGCAGGAGCAGGAGACGGGCAGUGAGAAAAAGAAGAUAAAGCAGAAGAAGGAGAAGGAGGGGUCAGGAAUCCUCACGAGCAUGCUCUUCUCGGAGCUCCCCAUCUCCGGCCUCACUUCCAAGGCCGUCGCGGAGAUGAACUACACCCACCUCGCCCAGAUUCAAGCUAGGUCGAUACCACACCUGCUGGCAGGAAGGGAUGUGAUGGGAGCGGCCAAAACGGGCUCAGGAAAGACCCUUGCAUUUCUCAUACCGGCUAUCGAGCUGCUCUAUAACCUCCAUUUCUCGCCGAGGAAUGGAACAGGAGUUAUCGUCGUUUGCCCUACAAGGGAGCUUGCCAUCCAGACACACAAUGUUGCCAAGGAAUUGAUGAAGAAUCACUCGCAAACUCUCGGGUAUGUCAUUGGUGGCAAUGGCCGGAGAACUGAAGCUGAACAGCUUGCAAAGGGGGUCAAUCUGUUAGUAGCUACACCAGGCAGGCUGUUGGACCAUCUGCAAAACACAAAGGGUUUCAUAUAUAAGAGACUAAAGUGUCUUAUCAUUGAUGAAGCUGAUCGUAUUCUUGAGCAAAACUUCGAGGAAGAUAUGAAGCAAAUAUUUAAACGCCUUCCUCUGAAUCGGCAGACUGUUCUUUUUUCCGCAACACAAACUAGGGAGGUUGAAGAGUUUGCCAAGUUGUCAUUUGAGAAAAACGAAGAAAGGAAAGAAAAACCUGUUUAUAUCUCAGUUGAUGAUGGUAAAUCAAAUGCUACUGUGGAAGGCUUACAGCAGGGCUAUUGUGUUAUCCCUAGCGAGAAGAGGUUCUUGGUUCUAUAUGCUUUCCUAAAAAAGAAACAGUCUAAGAAGGUCAUGGUGUUCUUUUCAUCAUGUAGUUCAGUAAAGUUCCAUGCAGAACUUCUAAAUUUUCUCCAGAUAGAGUGUGAGGAUAUCCAUGGGAAACAAAAGCAGCAGAAACGAACUACAACAUUCUUUAACUUUUGCAAGGCAGAGAAGGGUAUCUUAUUAUGCACUAAUGUUGCAGCACGUGGACUUGAUAUUCCAGACGUGGAUUAUAUUGUGCAGUAUGAUCCUCCAGAUGAACCAAAGGAUUACAUUCACAGAGUUGGUCGUACUGCACGUGGUGAAAAGGGCAAAGGAAGUGCAUUAUUGUUCUUGUUGCCACAAGAACUAAAAUUUCUUAUUUACCUGAAGGCAGCCAAGAUUUCUCUCACAGAAUAUGAGUUCAAUAAUAAGAAUGUGCCAAAUUUACAAUCACACCUUGAGAAUAUUGUUGGUGAGAACUACUUCCUAAAUCAGUCAGCUAAAGAAGCCUACCGAUCCUACAUUUUGGCAUACAACUCACACGCCAUGAAGGACAUUUUCAAUGUUCAUGACCUCGAUAUGAAGUCCGUGGCAGCAUCAUUCUGUUUUAAGAACCCUCCAAAAGUGAAUCUCGACUUGGAGAGCAGCGCUUCUAAACGUAGGAAGACGAGGAAAGUGGAUGGUGGUGGAAGGAGGCAUGGUAUCAACGCCGCAAAUCCUUACGGAAGGAAAGGAGGUGAUGAUAACAGGCAAUUUGCAAGAUUCUAAGUGACCAGUCUCUCAGUCGUUUAAGGUGUCCCAGCGAAUCCUUAAUAUGUUAGUUUGUAAGUCACUUGGCUCUGUAAGAUUUUGAUAGAUAGCCUGAUAUUAUGGCACUGGGGUGUGACUCAAUUUUCCUUUGGAAUGGAUUUACUUUACUAGCGUAAUACUUGGAUUAUUAAGGAACAUGAAUUGUGUCAGCCUGUUAUUGCAAGUGUUGUGGUAAUUCAAGAGAGGUUUGCUUCA